AUGUUCCCUCUGCCGAUGUUUACUCCAGACCAGGUGGCUCGAGUGUGUGAAAACCUGGAGGAGACGGGUGAUAUGGAGCGGUUGGGACGCUUCCUGUGGUCCCUGCCUGCCGCGGUCCCCGGGGCGGCUGGAGAGGCCCUCAACCGCCAUGAGUCGGUGAUGCGUGCCCGGGCCCUGGUGGCCUUUCAUGGGGGAAACUUCGAGGCCCUCUAUCAGAUCCUGCAGAGCCACCGCUUCACUCGAGAGUCCCACGCCAAGCUGCAGGACCUAUGGCUGGACGCUCACUACCGAGAGGCCGAGCGUCUGAGAGGGAGGCCCCUCGGGCCCGUGGAGAAGUACAGGAUCCGCAAGAAGUUCCCUCUGCCCCGAACCAUCUGGGACGGAGAGCAGAAGACACACUGCUUUAAGGAGAGAACGCGCAGUCUGCUGAGGGAGUGGUACCUGCAGGACCCGUACCCAAACCCAUCCCGCAAGAGGCACCUGGCUCAGGCCACAGGCCUCACCCCCACACAGGUGGGCAACUGGUUCAAGAACAGACGCCAGAGAGACAGAGCGGCAUCGGCCAAAAACAGACUGCAACAAGACCCUCUCCUCCCCUCUGGUAGCUCUCCUGAAUGUUCUUCCUCAGAACACAACCCCCACCUACAAGGCUCCUCCCUGCGCCACCCCGGCAGCCCAGAGAACAGUGACUGCAGCUCAGGUACAGAGCCUCAGGGCACCAGGGCCUCCACGCCUGACAUAUCAGUCAGCAGUGACAGUGAAUAUGAGUCCUGA